AUAAUAAUAAUAAUGGGACCAAAUAAUGAAAUCUUGUUUGAUCAAUCAAUUUCAUUGAAUGAUAAUGAUAAUCGAAUGACUGAAUCAGUACAAAUUCCAACAAAAACCAAUUUGAUUAUGAAUCAUUUCAACGACAAUAAUGAUGAUGAUGAUUACGAUCAACCUUACAAUCAUAAACAUUCCAAUGGAAAAAUCAUUCCAAUUUCUCAUCACAAUAAUUUAGCUAAAUUUAUCAACAAUAAUAGCAAUGAUAAGUUUCCCAAUGACAAUCGAAAUCGAUUGAAUGGUGAUGAUAUGGAAAUGGAUAAUUUAAAAACAUCAACAAUGAUGAUGAAAUCAAAUCAUUUGAAUGGCUAUCAUCAUCAUUAUCAUAAUAUAAAACAUACGAAUAAGUCAUCAAUAGAUCAAGAUUAUUUAAAUGGUCAAUUAAAUGGCCCAAUGAAUGGUUUCCAUCAUUAUAAAAAUGGAAAAAUUUCCAAUGCAAUCCAUUACAACGACAAUCAUGAUGAUGAUGAUGAUAGCAAACGACCAAAUGGUAUAAACGGAUUCAUUUGUAACAAUCACCAUCAUCACCAUAAAGAUUAUCUACAGCCUAUUGUUAAUGAUGAUAGUGAUACGGAACAAGAACACUGCCCUGAAUUGCAAUUGUCUUCAAUCAAAAAAUAUAAUAAUAAUUAUUCAACUGUUGAAACAAAGAAAAAUAGCAUUUUAAAAAAUUAUUCAAAUGAAAAAAAUAGCUACAAUAAACAAAUAUCAAAAUCAAAAUCAUAUUAUUGUUCAACGACAAAAACAGCUAAUACAAGAUUAAAAAUUAAAUCGACACCUGAUAAUCGUUUUAAUCGUUAUGAAGAACCACCAUAUCAUAUUGCCUUCCUUUGUUAUGUUAGUUAUGCUGUACUAAUUAUAUUUGGUUAUCUUCGUGAUUUUAUGCGUAAAACUGGAUUGGAAAAAAAUUUAUCGGCCGUUGAACGUGAUCGUGAGGGAUAUACAUCUUUAUAUAAAAGUUUUGAAUCAUUUUAUACCCGUAAUAUUUAUCGUCGUAUACGUGAUGCAUGGAAUCGACCAAUUGCAAGUGUACCCGGUGCUGAAAUCGAUGUUGUUGAUCGCCAUUCAUCGGAUGAAAAUUGGACAUUUGAAUUUCCUGGGACAAAAUAUCGUGUAAUCAAUAUGGGAUCAUAUAAUUAUCUUGGCUAUGCUGAAAAUAGUGGACCAAUACAUGAAAAAGUUGUCAAAACAAUUAGAGAUGAUGGUGUUGGUAUUUGUUCGACACGCAAUGAAUUUGGUCAUAAUGAACAUGUUAAACAACUAGAACAAUUGGUGGCUAGAUUUUUAGGUGUCGAAUCAUGUGUUGUAUUUGGAAUGGGUUUUGCAACAAAUUCAACUAAUAUACAAUGUUUUGUUAGCCAAGGAUGCCUAAUUAUGAGUGAUUCUAAUAAUCAUGCAUCACUGAUUUUGGGUUGUCGUCUUUCGGGUGCCACUAUACGUAUAUUUAAACAUAAUAAUAUGAAAGAUUUAGAACGUAAAAUUCGUAGAUAUAUUGUUGAUGGACAACCAAAGACUGGUGAACCAUGGAAAAAGAUUAUUAUUAUUGUUGAAGGAAUAUAUUCAAUGGAAGGAACAAUUGUAAAUCUGCCUGAAUUAAUACGAAUCAAAAAACAAUAUAAAUGCUAUAUUUAUCUGGAUGAAGCACAUUCAAUCGGUGCACUUGGACCCAAUGCACGUGGUGUAAUCGAUUAUUUUGGAUGCGAUCCAAAUGAUGUUGACAUAUUGAUGGGAACAUUUACAAAAAGUUUUGGUGCUGCCGGUGGUUAUGUAGCCGGUCGUCGGGAUCUUGUUGAUCUGAUACGAAUCAAUUCAUUUAGCCAUUAUUAUGCUAAUCCAAUGUCGGCACCGAUUGCAAUGCAAAUUAGCUGUGUAAUACGAUCAUUGUCAGGUGAAGAUGGUACUGAUGAUGGAAGAAAACGUAUACAAAAAUUAGCACACAAUUCUCGAUAUUUUCGUAAAAAAUUACGUCAAAUGGGUUUUAUUAUUUAUGGUCAUGAUGAUUCACCUGUCGUACCGUUAUUGCUUUGUUUUUGUUCAAAAAUUGCAGCCGUAAUCCGUAUGGCCCAUGAUAAAGGUCUUGGAUUUAUCGGUGCUGGUUAUCCUGCCACAUCAUUGACCACUGGAAGAGUUCGAUUCUGUAUAUCAGCUGCCCAUACCAAAGAUAUGUUAGAUCGUUCAUUGAAUGUAAUGAAUGAAAUUGGCGAUAAGAUUAAUAUCAAAUAUUCAACUGAAACUGUUGACGAUAAGGAUGAUGAUGAUGAAGAAUUUCAUAAUUAUGAUGGCAAUGAUGAUUAGGUUAUUUUUUUUCCUCAAAAAAAAAAAUCAUAUAUCUGGUAGUCUGUCUCUGUGAUAAAUAACGAUGAUGAUGAUGAUGGUUGCUACAAAACGAAUCAAAAAAAAAAAACAAACGGAGACCAAAUAAUCUUCAAAAUUAACCUCUGAACUUUCUGAUUCUCUCACUAUUCAUAAUUCAUUCCAGACGAAAAAAAAAAAAAUUUAAUUUUAGUCAACCAAAUAUAUAAAUAUUGUAAAAUCAUCAAGAGAAAACAACCAUUUUUUAUUCGAAUCAAUCAAAAAUAUACAUAUAAAUUACACUGGUUUUUAUUUAUAUAUUAUUAUAAUUGUAGAUGAUGAUAAUUUGUUACUAAUAACACCGCCCCGAAUACACUCACACUAAUUUGUUAGAAGGUUUCUUUUUUUUUCAUUCACGUAAAUAUUAUUAUUUUUUACUUAAAAAAUAAUUCCAAUCAA